AUGGGAUGUGGAGCUGGUCGUCCGUAUACAAAAAAAGAUAUUGAAAUAUAUUUAAAUAAAAAUCAACUACGUUUACCAUCAGCUGAGUUAGUCGAAGGUGGUACUAUUAAAUUAAAAACUAAUGAUGGAUUUUUUAACUCAAGUACAUUGCUUGAUUCCAAAUGGUUACAAAAUAAAAUGACCAAUAGUGAAUAUCAUCAAGCUAUUGAACAUAUUAAUCAACGUGUAGCUCAUGCAGUACUUGGAACAUCAACUACUCUUCCCAUAAAUCAAAUACCCAAAAGUCAAACUGCUCUUUUAGCUGUUGAAGAAUUAAACGAUAAAUACAAAGGACGUGUUCAUUUUCUCUUUCAACAUACUGAACAAGAGAAUUCAAUUAAUGCAACAGAAUCGUUUCUUUAUAUUAAUUUUAAAUAA